AUGAGAAACUUGGUAGUUCUAAAUAGGGGUAUUAUUACUCCAGAGUCAAGAACAUAUCCAGACUUACAGGUUAUAGACUCCGUUUUUGAUACUAUUUCAGAUUCAAUCACUUUUGUUUUAUCAUCCGAAGAAUCAGAAUUAAUAGAAGUACAGCAAUUCAACAAAUCAGGGCAAAUAACUGUAUUGGCCAGUUUCCCAGUAAAUUCCAAAUUAUUAAAUUUUAUUCACUUUGUUGACACUUCCCAAUUAGUAUUUGUAUUUGCCAAUGGGGAUAUUGUUAAUGCAACUUAUGAGCCUCAUGCUGAUCUUGAUAGUACUUUGAUUGAAAUUGUUGGAUCUAUUGAUGUGGGUAUUACCGCAGCCGAAUGGUCCGUUGAUGAAGAAACAUUAGCUAUUGUAACUAAUGAAAACAAAUUAUUAUUACUUUCCCGUAUUUUUGAACCAAUUUGUGAAAAAGUACUUGAUUCCAAUGAUAUUAAGAUUUCUGAUUCCAAACAUGUUUCUGUUGGUUGGGGUAAAAAAGAAACUCAAUUCAAAGGUAAAGGGUUUAAAGCAUUGGAAAGAGAAAGAGAAGCUUUGAAACAUGCUGGGUUAGAUGAUAAUGCUACCCAAUUACGCGAUCCAACCGUUAAUGAAGUAGAAAGGGGUACUUUAUCUCAAUAUGAUAACCAAUCAGUAAAAAUUAGUUGGAGAGGUGAUUGUGAAUAUUUUUCCGUCAGUACCAUUGAACCAGUCAUUGUUGAAGAUACUGGUGAUAUGUAUGAUAGAAGAGUCAUUAGAGUUUUCAACAGAGAAGGUGAAUUAGAUAGUGUCAAUGAGGCAGUUGAUGGAUUAGAGCAUAAUUUGAGUUGGAAACCACAAGGAGCUUUGAUUGCAUCUACCCAAAGACAUAUUGACGAUGAAGACGGUGAAGAAGUUCUUGAUUUAGUCUUUUAUGAAAGAAACGGUUUAAGACAUGGCCAAUUUAACACUAGAAUGAACCCAGAAACAGAAAUUAUCGACAAUCUUACGUGGUCAUCUGAUAGUGAAACUUUAUUGUUCCAAUUGAAAGAUAGAAUUCAAUUAUGGACUACUAAAAACUAUCAUUGGUAUUUAAAGCAAGAAUUGUUUGCUGAAGGAAUUAUUUUUGCCAAAUUUCACCCGGAAAAACCAUUAAACUUGAUGAUUGGUACUCCUACUGGUAUUCAAGUUGUUGAUUUAACUUACAAGAUCGUUACUGGUCCAACACAAUUGGGUAAUGACGUUGGUAUGACUUUAGUAACUGAUGGUUACUGUGCCAAAAUCACUCCACUUUCAAUUGCCAAUGUCCCUCCACCAAUUAGUUUCCGUGAACUUGAUGUCCUUGGUUGUAUUAAUGAUGUUGCUGUAAGUAAGUCCAACGAGAAAUAUGCUGCUCUUGCAAGUCAGGGUGAAAUCUACUUGUCAGAGUUGUCAUUGGCGGAUAUGAAACAAGGCAAACAUCCCCAUGUUUUAAGUACCAUCAAAAGAGAACAAUAUACCAGUGAUCCAUCAGAAGUUGCCAAACAAAUUGCAUUCAUCAAGGACCUGUUUCUUGUAAUUGCCUUGGAUUCUUCAAUUGGCUCUCGUGUAGUCCUUAUUGAAGUUGAUAAUAUCCGUGAACCAAUCUUAAAUGAAACAAUUGAUGUUGUUCCAAAGAUUGUUUUGUUAAAAUCAAGAUCUGACUUCAACACUGCUAUUAUUGAAUUGGUUGAUUGCAGAGUCAUGGAAUUGAAUAGUAACCUUGAUAUGAAAGAAAUUGUCACUUUCCCACAAUUAUGCCGUGAUAUUGAAGUUUCCUAUGAUGAAUCUACUGAACAACACGAAGCAUUUGGUAUUUCAAGAAACGGUAAAUUGUUCCGUAACGAAACUCAAGUUGUUAGUGGUGUUACUUCAUUAAAGAUUACUGAAUCACAUUUGUUGUUUACCACUGUUCAAUCCAAAUUAUGUUUUAUCCAUUUGAACUCAUCGCAAGAAAACUAUGAAGUGUUCCAAAACUUGACCAAUGAAAACAUUGUUGAUGAAAGAAUCAGACAAAUUGAAAGAGGUUCUAUUUUGAUCAAUGCUAUGCCAACCAAGUAUUCUGUAGUUUUGGAAGCACCAAGAGGUAAUUUGGAAACUAUUUGUCCUAGAAUUAUGGUUUUGUCAGCUAUUAGAAAAUUCAUUACCCAAAAGAACUAUAAAGAUGCUUUUAUUGCAUGUCGUACCCAUAGAAUUGAUUUGGAUAUUUUACAUGAUUAUGAUCCUGAAUUAUUCUUUAACAAUGUCGAGUUGUUUGUUAAGCAAAUUGAAAAAGUUGAAUACUUGGAUCUUUUCGUAUCUUGUUUACAUGAGGAAGAUGCUACAGUUACCAAAUAUAGAGAAACCAUUAAUGAUGCUGGUAUCACUCAAGAAGAAAUCAAGAAAGAAGGUGAUACUCUUCAACCAGCUUUCAAGAAAACUUUCCGUAAAAAGGAAGAAACAUUCACUAAAUUCUCCGACUCUAAAGUCAAUAGAAUUUGUGAAUCCAUUUUAGCUGUGUUGUUGAAACCAGAAUAUUUUGACAAAUACUUGCAAACUAUUCUUACUGCAUAUGCAUGUGAGAAACCAGCUAACUUGGUUGAAGCUCUUCAAUUGAUUGGAUCCAUGAAGGACCAAGAACAAAGAGAAACUGCCGUUACCCAUUUAUGUUUCUUACAAGAUGUCAAUAAAUUAUACAAGACUUGUUUGGGAUUAUAUGAUGUUAAGUUAACUUUAGUUAUUGCUCAACAAUCCCAAAUGGAUCCAAAAGAAUAUUUACCAUUCUUACAAAACUUGCAUGUUCAACCUGAACUCAAGAGAAAAUUCUUGAUUGAUGAUCACUUGAAGAAUUACGAGUUAGCAUUGAAUUGGUUACAUGAACAAGGUGAAGAAUCAUAUGAAGAGUUUGACGAUUAUGUUGUCCAACACGACUUGUACAAAGCAGCAUUGAAUAUUUAUGUAUAUGACAAAGCAAGAACUAGUGUCAUCAUGAAAUUAUUUGCUGAACACUUGAGAGAACUGAAGGAAUUUGGUGAAGCUGGUGUUACUUUUGAAUAUUUGGAUGAUUUGGAAAAUGCGUUGGAAUGUUAUAUCACUGCCAAGAAAUGGAAGCAAGCAUUAUCAUUAGCUUCUAAACCACAACUUUCUGAAAAACUAGAGGAAACUGCUGAGAAAUUGGUUGAAUCCUUAACUGAAGAUCAUAAAUAUAGUGAUGCUGCUGAAAUUGAAUACCAAUUCUUGGGUAAUGUUGAAGCUGCUGUUAAAUUAUACUGUAAACAAUAUUGGUAUGAUCAAGCUAUUUUGUUAGCAGAAAAGACUAAGAAACCUGAAUUGAUUGAAUCUAUUGUUGAUGUUCAAAUUGGUGAAGGUUUUGGUGUUAUUGCUGAAUUAUUAGCCGAUUGUAAAGGUCAAAUGCAUUCUCAAUUGAAGAGACUUCGUGAAUUGAGACUUAAGAAACAAGAAGAUCCAUUUGCAUUUUAUGGUGUUCCUGAUGAUUUGGAUACUCCAGAUAAUGUUUCAGUUGCUGCUUCUGAAACAUCAACCACUCCAUCAUUCUUUACAAGAUAUACUGGUAAAACUGCUGGUACUGCCAAGACUGGUGCAUCUAGAAGAACUUCUAAGAAUAAAAAGAGAGAAGAACGUAAGAGAGCUAAGGGUAGAAAAGGUACUAUUUAUGAAGAAGAAUAUCUUAUCAAAUCAGUUGGUCGUUUGUUAGAAAGACUUGAGCAAACCCAACCAGAUGCUAUCAAGUUAAUUGAAGGUCUUCUUAGAAGAAAGAUGAGAGAACAAGCUUAUCAAAUACAAAAGAACUGGGUUGAGUUGAUAGAUUUCAUUAAAGAAAAUAUUGAUGAAAUUCACAAUAUGAGUGAAAAAGAUCGUGAAAGAAUUGAUGAUAAUGGUGAAGUUUAUCUCAUUGAUGAAAUUCCAAAACCUAAAGUUCAAGAAUUCCCUAAAUUCAACACAUUGGAUUAUUAG